AUGGCAACCGUUGCUCCUUUAGCUCCGCCCACCAUCGUCCUGCAGGAGGCACCGGAGCAGCGAAGUCCUCAGGAGAUCACAGUCUUUGAUCCUGCAGGAAACAGUUACUAUCACUGGUUGUUCAUCAUCACCGUCCCUGUCAUGUACAACUGGACGCUGAUCAUCGCCAGAGCCUGCUUUGAGGAGCUACAGUCUGAUUACCUCUUCCUGUGGUUCAUCUUGGAUUUUUUGUCGGACUCCCUUUACAUCGCUGACAUGGUGUUCAGAACCAGGACUGGCUACCUGGAGCAGGGCCUGCUGGUGAAGGACGAGCUGAAGCUGAGGGAGCGCUACAUGAAGAGCUUCCAGUUCCGGCUGGACGUGGCGUCCAUGGUUCCCACCGACGUUCUCUACCUGCUGGUCGGAACCAAGUACCCCGAGAUCCGGCUCAACAAGCUGCUGCGCUUCAACAGGAUGUUGGAGUUCUUCCAGCGGACGGAGACGAGGACCAACUACCCCAACGCUCUCCGCAUCUCCAACCUGGUCAUGUACAUCGUCAUCAUCAUCCACUGGAACGCCUGCCUCUACUACAGCUUCUCCAAGGCCAUCGGCUUUGGGGCAGACCGCUUUGUGUAUCCUGACCCGUCGGACCCGGAGUUUGGCCGCCUGGUGAGGAAGUAUGCCUACAGCAUGUACUGGUCCACGCUGACCCUCACCACCAUCGGGGAAACACCGCCCCCUGUGGAGAACUCCGAGUACUUCUUUGUGGUCACUGACUUUCUGGUUGGGGUGCUAAUCUUCGCCACCAUCGUGGGAAACGUCGGCUCCAUGAUCACCAACAUGAACGCAGCCAGAGCGGAUUUCCAGGCUCGCAUCGACGCCAUCAAGCAGUACAUGAGCUUCAGGAAGGUCACCAAGGAUUUAGAGAAACGAGUCAUCAAGUGGUUCGACUUCCUGUGGACCAACAAGAAGGCGGUGGACGAGCGCGAGGUUCUGAAGUACCUGCCAGACAAGCUGAGGGCCGAGAUCGCCAUCAACGUCCACCUGGACACUCUGAAGAAGGUGCGGAUCUUUGCGGACUGCGAGGCGGGGCUGCUGGUGGAGCUGGUGCUGAAGCUACAGCCGCAGGUGUACAGCCCCGGGGACUACAUCUGUAAGAAGGGCGACAUCGGCCGGGAGAUGUACAUCAUCAAGGAGGGCAAGCUGGCCGUGGUGGCCGACGACGGCGUCACGCAGUUCGUGGUCCUGAGCGACGGCAGCUACUUCGGCGAGAUCAGCAUCCUGGCCAUCAAAGGCAGCAAGGCCGGCAACAGGCGGACCGCCAACAUCCGCAGCAUCGGCUACUCCGACCUGUUCUGCCUCUCCAAGGAUGACCUGAUGGAGGCGCUCACCGAGUACCCCGACGCCAAGGCCAUCCUGGAGGAGAAGGGCCGGCAGAUCCUGAUGAAGGACGGCCUGCUGGACCUGGAGGUGGCAGCUCAAGGUCCAGACCCCAAGGAGAUGGAGGAGAAGGUGGAGCGGAUGUCCAGCUCUCUGGACGUCCUGCAGACGCGCUACGCCCGCCUGCUGGCCGAACACGAGGCCACGCACAGCAAGCUGAAGCACCGAGUCUCGCGCCUGGAGAGGAAAGUCGUGCCGCCGCCGCGUGCCGACCAACUGAGCGCCGCCCCACCUAGUGCCGCCCUGGACGCCAAAGACGAAGAGAGGAAGUGA